AAGCUGUCUAUCCUGUCAUCACAAACAUAAGUUCCAUACAUUUAUCACAUUCAUCAAGAUAUUAUAAAUUUGUUCCCAAGGCAAUAUGAAUCGCUUAACUAUUCAACUCAGAGCAGCGCUCAAAGUAUCUCCCACAAAUUCAGCUGGUCACUUUUCUACAAGCACCUAUUUCUUCGAUAAAGCAACUGACAAUCGCCAAGGUAAAAUCUUGGGCAAACUCUUUGGCAAUCGUCUAUCAGGAAGUAAGAGACGAUGGUUCGAAAAUCCUAUGAAUUCAACUGGACAGCCGACAAUGGAUUCACCUUUUAAUUUUAAUAACCCAAAGAAAAGUGACCACGGAAGUCUUCGUCGUGUCAAAGUUCUCAAUAAAUUAUUUAUGACCCACAUAACAGAUCUUUUAGCAACGGGUCAAGCAUCACAAAAAAUCCUUGGCAAAGGAUUACAAAUAACUCGUGUUAAAGUAACGCCAAAUUUUCAGUUCUGUAAUGUGUACUGGAUGGCCAAAGGGGAUGUGCAUGAAGCUGAACUAGAAAAUGAGCUUCAAAAAUGCGGUGGAAUGUUGAGACAUGAACUUUCACAACUGCGACUUAUGGGUGAAGUUCCACGAAUUCAUUUUGUUAGAGACAAGACUUUUGCUAACCUUGCACAUGUCGAAACUGUUUUAAAAACAGCUGAUUUUGGAGAGGAUCACAAGCAAAUAGAUCCUAGUUUUGAAGUAAAAAAUGAUUUAUAUCAAAAUCCAUUGAAAGUCGACGAAGCAGUUACAAUUAAGAAGGAAGAAGACGAGGAGCCAUUACCCGAAAUGCGUCACGAUGUUUUUGGGGUAGAUUGGCGAGCAAUAAUGCUAAAAAUUCUAGCCAAAUUGAAAAAAUCUGAACAUGCUUGGCAACAACAUAAACAAGCGGAAAUGAGAGCUGAAAGCACAGUAUUAGAAACGGAAAGCAUUUCUACAGAAAAACAAGAUGAAUUAAGGGAGAAGUUAAAGAAAUUGGAAAAUGAUGAUACAUUCAAUAAAUUUAUUGAGACGAAGAGAGCAGAGACGAGACAAAAGAAUAAGCGAAGAUACCGCACUCAUAAUGAGAAAUACUAUAGCAAGAUUGGUGAGGACGAUUAUGAUCCACUUGAUGAUGGAGACUUUAUUGAAGAGGAUAUCGAAGAGAAGAAGAAGUGAGGUGCUAAGUGUUCUCAUUCCUGAUAAACCUGUUCUAGGAUGUAUAUUAGUUGAAUAAAACAAUUUAUUUGGUGUUAAUGUUUCUUUAA